CUGACGAACAGAUGUCUGUAGAGAUAAAAUUACAAAUUGUUCAGCACUAAUAAGUUGCGCGACGAUUCCAAAAUAGAACAUAAGCAUUCCUCAUGUUGCCCAAACUAAAGAGAAAAUGUAUGGCAAUAAACUGUAAUGCCAGCGGCUUGCAGGAUUUCACAAACCUAUUUAAAUUUCCAACGGAUCCCAAAAUGAACCAAAAGUGGAAAGAAAAUCUAGGACUCACGAACGUCCGCUUCCUUUCGUCAUGCCGAUCAUUAAUAUGCCGACGCCACUUCACACCAGAUUGUCACGGCAAGAAAAAGUUACACCCCUGGGCAGUGCCAACACUCCAUUUAGGUACCGGUAAAACUGAGGGUAUACAUCAACCCGUUAAGCCAAAAACAAUUUGGAGGUGGCGGAAGUGUUGUGUUAGAAACUGUAAGGUGAGGCAACCAGAAACAUUACACACAUUUCCAACGAAACUGGAGCUACGAGCCAAAUGGUUGCAAAUAUGCGGAUUACAAGAUGUGCGGAAACACUACGACAUAUGCCGGAGGCACUUUCGACCAAGUUUUUUACUCAGACGCAAACUCGUCGUGAACGCAUAUCCUGAAUUGCAUUUGGGUCUAGAAGAUUUCGAUCCACUGAAGGCGCCACAAGACUCGGACAACAUUGAAUUUGAAGAGGAUGAUAUUAAUGGGAACAUGGACAAUGACGAAGACAAACCAUUAAUUAACACGAACAGCAACGAGACAGUUGAGGCAGAAGAGUACGAGGAUGGUGCCGGAGAAGAACAGAUCUGUGACACAAACUGCAACAAGUGUGCAACGCAGGAGAAUCGGUGCCGCGAGAUGCAGGAAGAAAUUGAUGCCAUGCGCAAAAAGAUAGCUCAACUGGAGGAAAUGCUUCACGUAAAUGCGAAAGAUGACGAAGAGGAGUACAUAUGGCUGCUGCUCAAAUAAAUCUAAGCCCAAACACC